AAUAGGCAUCACUGUUCACUGGGGAGAUGCCAGGCAAGCCGACAACCCUAAACGUAUGAGUCAGCUAUCACCGAGGCUGUUAGCUGGCUGGUAUCAGCUCUGCAGCCUGAAGAGCAGAGAAGAUGGCCUUCAUUGCAGCUCUGGGGCUCUUGAUGGCUGGGAUCUGCCCUGCUGUCCUCUGCUUCCCAAAUGGCACAUUGGGAAUGGGCACUGCAGUGCAAGAAGACCAUGACAUUAGAACACAACUGGACCGUCUCACAUUGGCCUCCGUCGACACUUCAGAUGACACAUGGGAAAUAGACAUUCUAUUCCAUGAAGAUGAAGAAAGUGGGAUACCAGAUGACAGUCUCACAUUGGCCUCCAUCAACACUGACUUUGCCUUCAGCCUCUACAAGAAGCUGGCUUUGAAGAAUUCAGAUAAAAAUAUUUUCUUCUCCCCACUUAGCAUCUCAGCUGGCUUGGCCGUCGUGUCCCUGGGAGCAAAGGGCAAGACCCUGGAAGAGAUUCUAGAAGGUCUCAAGUUCAAUCUCACAGAGACCUCUGAAGCAGACAUCCACCAGGGCUUUGGGCACAUCAUACAGAGGCUCAGCCAGCCAGGAGACCAGGUAUUGAUCAGUACAGGCAAUGCCCUGUUUGUUGAAAAGCACCUGCACAUCCUGACAGAGUUCAAGGAGAAGGCAAGGGCUCUGUACCAGGCUGAGGCCUUCACAGCUGACUUCCAGCAGCCUCAUGAGGCCAAAAAGCUCAUCAAUGACUAUGUGAGCAAUCAGACCCAGGGGAUGAUCAAGGAACUGAUGUCAGAACUGGAUGAGAGGACAUUGAUGGUGCUGGUGAAUUACAUCUACUUUAAAGGCAAAUGGAAGAUAUCCUUUGAUCCCCAGGACACAUUUGAGUCUGAGUUCUACUUGGAUGAGAAGAGAUCUGUGAAGGUGCCGAUGAUGAAAAUGAAGUUCCUGACCACACGCUACUUCCGGGAUAAGAAGCUGUCCUGCUCUGUGGUGGAGCUGAAGUACACAGGAAAUGCCAGUGCCCUGUUCAUCCUCCCUGACCAGGGUGGGAUGCAGCAGGUGGAAGCCAGCUUACAACCAGAGACCCUGAGGAAGUGGUGGAAAUCCUUGAAGUUCAGGAAAAUAGGUGAGCUCUACCUGCCCAAGUUCUCCAUCUCUUCUGACUACAGCCUGAAGGACAUCCUUCCAGAGCUGGGGAUUAAGACAAUCUUCUCCAACCAAGCUGACCUGUCUGGGAUCACAGGAACCAAGGACCUGAUACUGUCUCAGGUGGUGCACAAGGCUGUGCUGGAUGUGGCUGAGACAGGCACAGAGGCAGCUGCUGCCACAGGGUUCAUUUUUGGCUUUCGUACUAAAAGAAUACAACCAAUAACUCUGCGUUUCAACAGGCCAUUCCUGAUGGUUAUCUCUCACACAGGUGUUCAGUCUACCCUCUUUAUGGCCAAAGUCAUUAACCCCAAGAGGACUUAAAGCUCCCCAAGUUCUCAUGAUUCUGCCCAGGACCCUGGGAUGUAGUCCACAUGUGGAUCUCUGUAUACAUCCUGGUAUUCAUGCUCUGAUUGGCUGUUGCAAAGUUGACUUAGACAGUGACAUUGACUAUUUCUGUGGCUCCCACAUGCUCAGGAGCCUUUGGACUGUCAGUGUCAGGCUCUCGGGCCUCUUGGGAGCAUCUGUGCAUGUUUCUAAACCUGGAGUCUGUCUUUAUUCUUCUUCCCAGGUGACUCUUCUUUACAUAUCCUUAUCCCAAACCUAGGCAUUGGCAAAUACACAGAGUUACAGUAUAGGCUCUGAGCACAUCUGCCUUCAGCUUGUACAGUCUUGAUGGGACAAUGCUGGCCUCUGGGCCAACCCAUGAGAAUCAGGCCCAGGAAUGAGAGGGGAAUUUGCUGCACUGAAUGUCAUUCCAGCAUCUGAGAAGUCCUGGUGCCAUGCUCUUAGGUUAUACUUUCCCUUUGCAGGCUUUGUCACUCUGUGCCCCUUUCAGGAUCCCCUGACCCUGCCUACAUCUGGCACAGUUGGAGCCAAAACUCCUGCAGCUGCAUGGGGCUGGGGGUCAGACCAGCUUCUCUCCCCCUGGCACUCCUACUCAGCCUCUCUCUAAUUUCCCAGCUGACCAACCUCACACAAAAGAUGAACACCACCAACCAAAAUAGCAAAGGAUCAAUAAACAUAUACCUGCACA